GUCCGUCCUCCCAUUCGCCUCGCCCCCACCCGCAUCCCCGUUCCCACCACCACCACCACCUAGCUGCCGCGGCCGCCGCUCCCAUGGCGGAGCUACGGCCUCGCCCUUCCUGCCGGCUUGCCCUCCCAGUCUGCCUGUGCCUCUUCCUGCUGGCCGCCGCGCCGCCCCUCGCGCUCGCCCGCGUGGCGCCCGCCGCCGACUCGAUACACAAGUUACUGCGGUCGCACGGCCUCCCCGGCGGGCUGCUCCCGCGCAGCGUCGAGUCGUACACCCUGGACGAGGGGAACGGCCUGCUCGAGGCGCGGCUGUCGGCGCCGUGCUACGCGACGUACGACAACGGCGACCUGGCUUUCUUCGACACCGUGGUGCGAGGGAAUCUCAGCUUCGGCGCGCUCCGCGGCUGUGAGGGGCUGGCUCAGGAGGAGCUCUUCAUGUGGCUUCCGGUGAAGGGCAUCCUCGUCUCCGACCCUGGCUCCGGCGUCAUCCUGUUCGACAUCGGCUACGCGCACAAGAGGCUCUCGAGGUCGCUCUUCGAGGAGCCGCCGGACUGCAAGCCGUCAGCCAGCACCAGUAUGGGCGCCGUCGAAGCCGCCAGGUGGAGGUAUAGUCCAGCUGCAGGUGUUCCUGGGCUGAGGGAGAGGAUAGAGGCAGAAGGAGAAGAAGGGCACCUGGACCAGAGGUGAGAAUGAGCGUGUGAGGAGAGGAGGAGGAGAGAGAAAGACAAGGAAGACCGAGACAAGUUCACCAGUUUUCCCCUUGUGUAAAAUCAGACAGAACCUGUGGUGAUGAGUGAGAAGUGCUGCAACAACUGAUAAUGCCCGCAGAGGUUGGAAGAAUGUGUGUACUUAAUGGAGAUGUGGGUACCUUUUGCGCUUCUUUUUUGUUCUGUUUUCCCUCCUCUUUCUUUUCUCUCUCUCUGGUCUGUCCAUGCAUGCAUGCUCCUGUGUGAUAGCAGUUGAGUAUUAAGUUUGUCAGUGCUGUGUUACAACUUACAAGCAAGAAAAGAACAAGGUAAAAAAAGGCUGGCUGGGGAGCCAAUUGGGGGCUGGCUGGCAUUUUGUGUGGGAUUCUUCCUUCCUUUGGGAAUUCCUUCCUUGGCUGAGCUGGUGGUGCCAUGCAUGUGGCCGUCUGCCAGCUCAGCAAGGGAGUGAGCUGGCCACAGCACAUAUGGUUGCUCCUCCCCAUCCCUGCAUGUGACCUUCUUGUGUUGCCUGCCUGCCUUGCUGGUGGUUGAGUGCUUCUACUGCUUAGGUAUGGUGAUUAGCCGAGGACAUAAUACAAUAAUAGUACAACACAUGCUACUACGAUUAUUAUUCAACUAUGCCAUGAUCA